UUCUUCUGUAGAUGCAAGUUCUUUAGUUUCUCUCUCUCUCUCUCUGAUAGAAUCGUCUAAUUUCAAUGAAAGAAACAUUACCUGAAAAUCUUCGUUGCAAUAGAAGUGAUGGUAAACAAUGGAGAUGCGGAAGAAGAGUAUUGGAUGGUAUUAAGUUCUGUGAAUUCCAUCAUCUCCAAUCUCGGCACCGUCAGUACAAACAAAAAGUUCCAGAUUCUAUUAAAUAUCUAAGACAAUCCGGAAAGAAAUUAGAUUCUUUGGUUACUUUAGAUCAAGAUUCUAGUAAGUUUCUCAAAUCUAUUAAGAAGAUUAAAACCCGGCAAGUUGAAUUUUCUCAAGAUGAUGUUUUUAAGAAAUUGAAAUUGAAUAAAGGGGAUUCAUUACAAUGGGAGUUGAUUAAAGUGUUUAUACAGAGACAAAUUGAAAGAAAGAAGGAAUGUGUAAGUGAUUAUAUGGAUGAAAGGGAGUUAAUGAGGGAUUUGCCUAAUGGAUUAAUGGCGAUUUCUCCUGUUCCUGAUGUGAAUUUUGACAAUGCUGCUUCUUUUUGUGAUAGAAAACUAGGUUUAGAUACUGGGGUUUUUGUUAGACGUUCUAUUCGGUCUAAGAAUAUAGAGCCUCUCCCAAUUAGUACUCUUCAGGUUGUUCCUUACGGAAGAGAUCUUGUUGAAUUGGAGAAGGGUUUAAGGAGGGUUUGCCAUAGAUGUAGAAAAAGUAAUGGAAUGAGUAUUAUACGGUGUAUAAAUUGCCGAAAAGAAUGUUUUUGCAUGAACUGCAUUGAGAAAUGGUAUCACAUUGUGCCCCAAGAAGUUAAGAUGUCAUGCCCAGUAUGCCGUGGCUCUUGCAACUGCAAGACAUGUUUGAGUAUUCUAGCUGAAGAUGGUGAAUUUAAGGACUUUAUGAGAGAUCAGAAUAAGGUUAGCAAAAUCCUACAGUUCCAUUAUGUGGUCUGUCUGCUGCUUCCAGUAUUGAAAAAAAUCAAUAAGGAACAAAGGUUUGAACUGGAAGUGGAAGCAAAAGUAAGAGGAAAGUCUUCAUCUGAAAUUUCUAUUCAACAAGUAGAAUGCAGCUAUGACGAGCAACUCUUCUGUAAUAAUUGCAAAACUUCUAUUGUAGAUUUUCAUAGAAGCUGCUCAAAUUGUUCAUACGACCUUUGCCUUAGUUGUUGUCAGGAGCUCCGUUGUGGAAACUUACCUGGAGGUAAUGAAAAAGCCAUCUUUGCUUACCUCGAUAAAGGGAAAAGUUACAUGCAUGGUGGGAAACCUAUCACGAUUAAGCAGAGAAGCUCAUCUAAACGGAAACGUAUGCGUGGGUCAUCAUCUUUUCUGAAGGCGUUGCCUGUCUGGAAAGCUAAUGAUCUCGAUCAUAGUAUUUCUUGCCCACCUAAGGAGUUGGGUGGUUGUGGUGGUUACAUAUUGGAUUUGAGAUGCGUAUUUCCAUCAAAUUGGACUGAAGAGUUAGAAAAAAACGCUGAAGAAAUAGCUUGCACCUAUGACUUUCCGGAUAGUUUGUAUUCUUCCUCUCACUGUUCCUUAUGCAUUAGCCCGUGUGGCACAACUCAAGGAUUUGAUACUAAUGUACAAAAGGCAGCAACCAGGGAAGAUUCGGAAGACAAUUUCCUGUAUUAUCCACCUGGACGGGAUAUUAAAGAUGGCAUUGAACAUUUCCAGAAGCAUUUGGGAAGAGGUCAGCCUGUAAUAGUUCGAGACGUUCUUCAGAACACCUCGGAUUUGAGCUGGGAUCCACUAAACAUGUUCAAGGACUUUCUUGAUGUGGACAUACCUGAAAAUGAUCAGAAUGUAGUGACAGCUAUAGAUUGCAUGGAUUGGUGUGAGGUAGAAAUUGGAAUUCAACAAUUCUUCAUCGGGUAUCUAGAAGGGAGGAUGCAUUUAAAUUUGUGGCCCGAGAUGCUUAAAGUGAAGGAAUGGCCUUCUCCAGAAAUGUUACGAAAACUGUUCCCUGAUCAUAAUGAUCAGUUUAUCCAUGCUCUACCUUUUCAAGAAUAUACGAAUCCUAACUCUGGUCUUCUAAAUCUUGCUGUGAAGUUACCAAAGGAAUUAUCAAAGCCUGACCUUGGUCCACAUGUAUAUAUUUCAUAUGGGAUGGCUGAGGAACUUGGGCGUGGUGAUUCUGUUACAAAGCUGCGUUGUGAUUUAUCUGAUAUGGUAAAUGUUCUGACACACAUUACAGAGGUUGCGACUUCUUUGGAACAACAUGGUAAGAUACAAAAGCUAAAGAAAAAGCAUGAAGAUCAAAACCGAAGGGAGUCUCACUUGUUUAAGAAGUUAGUGAAUAAAGUGAAGAGCGAACCAGAUUUGGGGAUAGAGAACGUUGAGAAAGCCAACAAUAGUAAAAAACAGGAUGUUAUUGGACAGGUGCAAUUUCCAAAUGCAGUUGCCCGGGUUUCUUGCGUUCCAACAACUAGAGCUGACGAGGGUGGUUUUCUUGUGAAAGAUGAAUUGGUGUCUGAUGCUGAAGAGAAUAUAGAAAUCUGCAACGUAUUCAGAAAAUGUCCAGUUUCGAAUUCCCUUGGCGCCCAGUGGGAUGUUUUCCGAAGAGAAGAUGUACCAAAGCUGCAGGAGUACCUCAGACUACAUUCCAAGGAGUUCAGGCACAUAUAUUGUUCUCCCAUUGAACAUGUCGCUCAUCCAAUAUUUGAUGAAUGUUUUUUUCUUGAUUCAAUUCACAAGAAGAAGCUUAAGGAGGAGUACGAAAUUGAACCUUGGACUUUCUAUCAGAACCUUGGCGAGGCCAUCAUUGUUCCAGCUGGAUGUCCAUAUCAAAUAAGAUAUCUUAAGCGUUGCAUAAACGUGCAAAUGGAUUUUGUGUCUCCUGAAAAUGUUAGCAAGAGCAUCCAGUUAGUUGAAGAACUUCGGCUACUUCCAAAGGACCAUAAAGCCAAACAAGAUAGGCUAGAAGUGAAGAAAAUGAGUCUCUAUGGUAUUAAUGCAGCAAUCAAAGAAAUCCGUGAACUCAUAUCAUCAGCAAUGAAGAAUAGGUGAUGAACAAGUGCUGUCUCUCUGGAGUCUCCCUAUGAAUACUUGAUCAUGUACACUAGUGUUGCUGGAUAUCCUCAUGGCCGUUUAUACGGCCUUUUAGAUUUUUGCUCUCCCUAGCACGCAUGGCAUUCAUAAUUUGUUUUUUGUUUUUGUUGUUGCUUAGGUUACAUAGUUUAUGCGUGUGCAGGUCAGCAUAGUCAUGUAUUAUACGUAGCCUAGUCGUCUUUGUUCGUUGGUAGUUGUUUUUGUACAUAUGACUCUGCAUACUUUUGUGUCUUUGCUACUCGAAAUUUUUUGAGUGGAAAUAAGAUUUUUGUUGCAUCAGCCUCAGAG